AUGGAUUCUCCCAAGGAAAAGGGUGAAGUUAUUGGCAAGCCGCUCACCGAGAGCCAGACAAGGGGAGAAAGUAUCUUUGUGGGCAACGUUAUCGAGAGUGACGACCAACUGAAGCGACAUCUCGGCAAUCGACAGAUUCAGCUGAUUGCCAUUGGUGGCUCAAUUGGCACGGCCACAUUUGUGAGCAUCUCCAAUGGCCUCGUGGCUGGAGGCCCCGGUAGCCUGCUGCUCGCGUACACCAUAUACUCGUGUGCCAUGAUCCUCGUGAACAACUGCAUGGCCGAGAUGGCCGUCUUCCAACCCGUCACUGGUGCUUUUAUUCGCAUGGCAGGCAAGUGGGUCGACGAGUCUCUCGGAUUCAUGGUUGGAUGGAACUUCUUUCUUUACGAAGCAUUCCUCAUUCCCUUUGAGAUCUCAGCCUUGAAUCUUGUGCUCUCAUAUUGGCGUGAUGACAUACCGGUUGCUGCCGUCGUUGCCGCCUGUAUCGUUUGCUACUUCGCCAUCAACAUGUUUGCCGUCGAGUGGUACGGAGAGACCGAAUUCUGGUUGACCACUGGCAAGAUUUCCCUCCUCGCGAUCGUUUUCUCCUUUACAUUCGUCACCAUGGUGGGCGGCAAUCCCAAACACGACGCGUACGGCUUUCGAUACUGGAAGGACCCCGGUGCGUUUGCAGAAUACAUCACAACUGGUGACCUUGGUCGGUUCGAGGGUUUCCUGGGUGCCAUGUGGAGCGCCGCCUUCACCAUCGUUGGGCCCGAAUACGUUGCAAUGGUAGCCGGUGAAACAAAGCUUCCCCGAACGUAUUUGAAGACUGCCUUCAAGACUGCAUACGCAAGAUUCGCCUUCUUCUUCAUCGGCAGCGCUCUUUGCGUUGGCAUCGUGGUCCCCUACAAUGACAGCACUCUGUUGUCCAUCCUUUCUGGGUCAUCGGAAGGUUCUGGAACUGCUGCCGCCUCGCCUUAUGUUAUUGCCAUGGGAAACUUGGGGAUCGGGGUGCUGCCUCACAUUACCAAUGCUCUAUUGGUGACCAGCAUCUUCUCGGCUGGAAAUGCUUACACGUAUUGCGGCAGCCGUAGUCUUUAUGGACUUGCACUGGACGGACAAGCGCCAAAGUUCCUUCGCAAGUGUACCAAGUCUGGAGUACCUGUGUACUGCCUGGCCACUAUCAUGGUUUUCCCAUGCCUUGCCUUUCUCAACCUAUCCAACUCUGGUGCCGAGGUGCUCAGUUGGUUUGUCAACUUGAUCACGGCUGCUCAAAUCAUUGAUUACAUUGUGAUUUGCAUCACAUACAUCUUCUUCUACCGGGCUUGUCGUGCUCAGGGCCUUGAUCGAAAGACUCUUCCCUACUGUGGCAUCUUCCAACCCUACUCUGCUUGGAUUGGGCUUGUCUUCUUGACUGCGGUGGUCUGUACCUACGGCUACAGCGUCUUCCUUCCUGGAAAAUGGGCAGUCAAGACAUUCUUCACCUAUUAUAUGAUGGUGCUGAUUUGUCCGGUGUUUUAUUUUGGCUGGAAACUGGUUCACAAGACGCGCGUAGUCCGACCAGAGGAGGCUGACCUCGUGUGGAUUGGUCCGGUCAUUGAUGCUUACGAAGCUACCCACGACGAAGAGAAUCUCGGCUUCCGUACAGAAAUCAUGCAGAUCUUUGGACUGCGCAAGAAGAAGGUUUCCACAGAGGCCGAGUCUUCAUAA